UUUCUUCUCCGAGAAGCAAAAGAUCACCUCCGCAUUAAAACCCCCACCACUCCCAGACCACCGCCCCGGCUUUCCACUGAGCAGCGGCCGCCUUCGCCUUGACUCGGAGCGACUCCGAUCCGGAUGUGGGCGAGCGGGUGUAGAGCCGGCGAGCUAGCGAGCGAGAUGAGGGAGCAACGCGACCGCGAAAUGGCGGAGGAGGAGAGGGAUUUGGGCGACAUCGUGCUUUCCUGGUCGGUGACGGAGAUCAUGAACGAAGACCUCUACAAGGGGCAGGUCGAGAAAAUUCCAUUCAGCUUUAGUUCACUUGAUCACUACUUGAAAGCAUUCAAGGGACCUCUGAUUGAAGAAACAAGGUCUGACCUGUGCUCGUGCCUUGAGAGCAUCACAGAAGCACCCUCCUCGAAAAUAGUUUCUAUGGAGGCAGCAGGAAAAUCAGGUCUGUAUUUUAUGGAUGUGGAAUUUUGGGAUAAUGGUGCCGGUUUUUCUAGUGAGACCUAUACUGCUAGGAAUGGCGACAUCUUUAUUCUGUCUAGCAUGAAACCUGAAGCUGCAGAGGACUUAAACCGCUAUGGUCUGACAUAUUGCUUGGCAAUGGUUACUGAAGUUUCCAUGAAUGAUGAAUAUCAGAAAGGCUUCAGAGUGAAGGUUGCAAAGGAUAUUGGUUUAGAAGAAGACUUAAAUAAACUCCGACAUGCAAUAUUUCUUACUAAUAUAAUGACAAGUCUACGGAUAUGGAAAGCCCUUUGCUUUGACACAUGCAUGAAUAACAAUUUCACAAUAAUCAAGUCACUUCUAGCCCCCAGUAACAUGGGUGAAGAAGUCUGUGCGGUCUGUGUUAAAAAGGAUGAGGACUGUUCAGAUUCUUUUGCUGAGCAAUUACUGCCAGUUAAUCUUAAUCAAUCACAAUUAGAUGCUGUUCAAUCUAUCAUCUCAGCAGCGCAAUGUAGGCAUCUGAACCUCACAAAACUUAUAUGGGGUCCACCAGGUACUGGAAAGACCAAGACUGUUAGUGCUAUUCUGUGGGCUUUAGCUUGUGUGAAAUGCAGAACUCUUACAUGUGCUCCCACAAAUGUUGCUGUUGUUGGAGUUUGCACUCGUUUCCUUCAAAAUUUGAAGGAUUUCAACAAACAGAUUGGCAAAAAUGGUCUACCUCUUUCUCUUGGUGACAUAUUGUUAUUAGGGAACAAGUACAAGAUGGACAUCACUGAGGAGCUUCAGGAAGUUUUCUUGGAUUAUCGUGCGGAUGAACUUGUUGAGUGUUUUUCAUCAUUGUCUGGAUGGAGGUACAUAAUUGCUUCAAUGAUAUCUUUUUUUGAGGAUUGUGGUUCUCGAUAUGAUAUGCUUCUUGAGAAUGAUGAGAGCAGUGAUUCUGAAUGCUUUCUGGAUUUCCUGAAGAAGCAAUUUGAUGCAGCAACAAAAGCUCUAAAGAAAUGCAUGAUGACCUUGUGGACUCACCUUCCACGAAAGUGCUUUUCAUGUGAUGUUAUAAGCAACAUUACUAUGCUGUUGGGUUUGCUGGAAAAAUUUGAUGCCCUUCUAUGUAAUCAAGAUUUAACUGAUGAGGCUGUCAAAAGAGCCUUUGGUUUUCUGUCAACUGAUAACUAUGUAGCACAGCGAACAUCUUCUAUUGAGAAGGAACUGGAUGCAGCAAGUUCUUUAUGCCUUAAAUUACUGAAAGAUCUUCAGAGUUCACUUGAUUUACCAACCGGAAGAGACAGAAAUUGGAUUCAGAACUACUGCAUGCGUAAUGCAACACUUAUUUUCUGUACUACUUCUAGUUCUUACAGGUUGCAUAAUGCGGAGAUUGCUCCGCUUGAUGUGUUAAUUGUUGAUGAGGCUGCUCAAGUCAGGGAAUGUGAAUUGCUGAUCCCACUACGUUUGCGUUGGUUGAAACAUGUUAUUUUGGUGGGGGAUGACUGCCAGCUAAGGCCACUAGUUAGAAGCCAAGUAUGCAAGGAAGCUGGAUUCGGAAUCAGUCUUUUUGAGAGAUUGGUUGUCUUGAACUUUGAAAAGCAUUUGCUGAACAUACAAUAUCGCAUGAAUCCAUGUAUCAGCUUAUUUCCAAAUGCUCAAUUUUAUGAGAAGAAGAUUUUAGAUGGACCAAAUGUUCUUUCUUCUUCAUACAACAAGGAUUACACGAGCCUUCCUUUUGGUACCUAUACUUUCAUAAACAUCACUGAUGGGAGGGAAGAAAAGGAGGGUGCAGGAAACAGUUGGAGAAACCUGGUUGAAGUUGCUGUUGUUUUGCACUUGAUUCAAACCAUCUUUAAAUCUUGGAAAAAGACAGGACAAGGGAUUAGCAUCGGUGUAGUUUCACCGUAUAGUUCUCAGGUGGCUGCAAUUAAAGAUAGACUUGGGAAAAUGUAUGAAACGAGUGACGGCUUUCAUGUCAGGGUCAAAUCAGUUGAUGGUUUCCAAGGAGAAGAGGAUGAUAUAAUCAUACUAUCAACAGUUAGAUCCAAUAGGAGGGGCAUUGUUGGAUUUCUUGCUGACAACCAAAGAACAAAUGUUGCUCUUACUAGAGCAAGGCAUUGUCUUUGGAUUCUUGGCAAUGCUAACACAUUGUAUAAAAGUGGGACAGUCUGGAAAGACCUUGUUGCUGAUGCGCAGAGCCGUAAAUGCGUUUUCAAUGCCACUAAUGACACAGCAAUCUGCAAGUUGAUUUUGCAUGUAAAACAUGAACUUGAUGAACUGGAUGAUCUACUUAAUUCUGACUCAGCAGUUUUCAGCAAUACCAGAUGGAAGGUCAUUCUAAGUGACAACUUCAGAAAGUCUUUCACAAAACUAAAAUCUCCACAGCUAAGGAGGGAGGUACUCCAGAAACUUGUCAAACUUGGUGGUGGUUGGCGGACAAGAAUUACAAAUUUUGAUAUGACUGAUACUUUUCAGCUUGCAAAAGCAUACAAAAUCAGGGACCUUUAUCUGGUUUGGAGCACUGAUUUGGAGAAAAGCGAAAGAUACUUCCAGAUAAUAAGAAUAUGGGACCUUUUGUCUCACCAACAUGUUGCUAGAACUGUUCAACAUCUUGAGAAUCUCUUUUCCAUGUACACAGAUGAUUACCUUGACCACUGCAGAAGAGUGCAGGCAGAAGGGAAACUAGAAGUUCCUAUAAUUUGGGAUGCUGAACAUGAUAUUAUUCGGUAUAAGAAGGAUUGCAGAGUUGAUCAAGAAAGUCAUGACCGUGUGGACACCUCAUGUGCUCUGGAGAAUACAAAAGUUAGUGAAAGUUUCUUGCUGAUGAAAUUUUACUCUCUAUCAUCUGGUGUGGCAAAACAUUUGCUUACUGCAACAGAUGGGACUGAAAUCGAGAUCCCCUUUGAACUGACUGAUGAAGAGGAGGCGAUAAUUCGAUUCCCGCACAGUAGUUUUAUUCUUGGGAGGUCAGGCACCGGGAAAACCACUGUUUUGACGAUGAAACUGUAUCAAAUUGAGCAACAGUCCUUGAUUGCAUCCCAAGGACUGGAUUUGGGUGAAGUUGAUUUACCUAUGGUUGAUCACAAAAAUGCUUUGCCAAUGAAGGACACAAGCAAAAGAGAGAGUUUUGUAAAACAAGUCCUUAUCACUGUAAGCCCAAAGCUUUGUUCAGCUAUAAAGAAUCACAUUUGCAGGCUUCAAAGAUUUGGCUCCGGUGAUGUCUCUGACCAGCCUAACAUCCUUCAUAUGCAUGAUGCCUUUGAUGACCUUGAAGAGUUUACAAAUGUGCCAGAUAAUUUCAAUGGUCUACUGAACGAGCACUAUCCACUUACUAUAACAUACCGUAAAUUCUUGAUGAUGCUCGAUGGAACAUGCCAAACUUCAUUUUUUGAUAUGUUUCAUGGAGAAUUCAAGUCUAGCAUUGAGAGAGGUCAUUCCAAAUCUCGAGCUUUGCAAGCUUUUAUUGAGUCGAAAGAAGUCACCUUUGAAAAGUUUGCCACUUCCUAUUGGCCUCAUUUCAAUGCAGAACUAACAAAGAAACUUGAUGCGUCCACUGUCUUUACGGAAAUAAUUUCUCACAUAAAGGGUGGAUACAAAGCUAACAUGCAUGGCAAACUCAAAAGGAUUGAUUAUGUGAUGCUCUCUGAUAGAAGAUUUUCAUCUCUAAACAGUGAAAUGCGAGAGAAGAUUUAUGAUGUUUUCCUUGAUUACGAGAGUAUGAAGCGCACUGCUAGAGAAUUUGACUUGUCAGAUUUUGUCAAUAGUCUUCACAGUCGUCUAGUUUCUGGAGGUUACAAAGGGGAUUUGCUGGAUUUUAUAUACAUAGAUGAGGUGCAGGAUCUUAGCAUGUCGCAGAUAGCUCUUCUUAAGUAUGUAUGCAGAAACUUCAAGGAGGGCUUUGUUUUUGCUGGUGACACGGCACAGACUAUAGCAAAGGGUAUUGAUUUCAGGUUUGAAGAUGUCCGCUCGCUGUUCUAUACCUCAUUCCUCUCAGAGAUUGAAGCAUGCAACCGAGGAGUUCGUCUCACUGAUAUGUUCCAACUCAGUCAGAAUUUUCGCACACACUGUGGUGUUCUUCGUAUGGCUCAGAGUAUAAUGAGCCUUUUGUACUACUUUUUCCCAUCAAGUGUUGAUAAGCUUAAUCCAGAAACUGGGCUUGUGUAUGGUGAAGCUCCUGUUCUCCUCGAGUCCGGUAAUGAUGAGAAUGCAAUUAUGACUAUUUUUGGACAAAGCAAAAGUGAACAUAACCAGCAUGGGUUUGGUGCUGAGCAAGUCAUAUUGGUUCGUGAUGAUGCUAUCAAGAAACAAAUUGUUAACCUUGUUGGUAAACAAGCUCUUGUCUUGACUAUUGUUGAAUGUAAGGGCCUUGAAUUCCAGGACGUGCUGCUGUACAACUUUUUCAGUUCAUCACCAUUACAUAACAAAUGGAGGGUUGUGUAUGAUUACAUGAAAAACAAGGAUGUUAUAACAUCAUCUAAAGAGAUAUCUCAUCCAGGUUUCGAUAGAAACAAGCACUAUCUUUUAUGUUCAGAACUGAAGCAGCUCUAUGUCGCAAUCACACGAACUAGGCAAAGAUUGUGGAUCUGUGAAAAUACUGAUGAUUACUGUCAACCAAUGUUCGACUACUGGAAGAAGUUGUGCAUUGUGGAGGUUAGACUACUCGAUUCUUCACUGAUUCAAGCGAUGCAGACAGGGAGCAGUGCUGAUGAUUGGAGGCUACGGGGUACUAAGUUAUUUAAUGAGGGGCAAUUCGAGAUGGCUACCAUGUGCUUUGAAAAGGCUGGUGAUGCAUAUAGGGAGAAGUGGGCAAGAGCUGCUGGACUUCUUGCGACUGCAGACCGUGUAAUCAUCACAAAUUUGGAGAUGGGCCAGGCUUCCUUGCAAAAAGCAUCAGAGAUUUAUGAGUCUAUUGGCAUGCAUGAGAAGGCUGCCACUUGCUACAUCAAAUUAGGUGACUACAAAAGAGCAGGAAUGGUCUUUAUGGAAAAAUGUGGAACUUCAAGGCUUGAAGAUGCUGGUGACUGUUUUGAGAUGACUGAAUGCUGGUCACAGGCAGCUGAAGUUUACUUUAAAGCUAAAUGCUAUACAAAGUGUUUCUCCUGCUGCUCAAAAGGAAAAUUAUUUUAUCAGGGCUUGCAAUUCUUGCAACAGCUGAAGAAGGAACAUUGUGAGAAUUUCAACUCAGAGUUUGCUAUCAUUGGAAAGACAUAUCUAGAAAAUUGUGCAUUAUACUAUUUUGAACUUGGGGAUAUUAAGCACAUGAUGCCAUUUGUCAAGGCUUUCAACUCUAUGGAUCAUGUUCGAGCAUUCUUAAAUUCUAGGAAUCUUUUGGAUGAACUGCUGAGUAUAGAAAUGGAAAUGGGUAAUUUCCUUGAAGCUGCAGGUAUAGCAAAACUUAAAGGUGAUUUCUUAUCGGAAGUAAACAUGCUAGAGAAGGCAGAAUUGUUUGAGUAUGCUACACAGCUCCUCCUCAUUUACAUCACUGCAAAUUCCUUAUGGGCUACACAUAGUAGAGGAUGGCCUCCAAAAAGUUUUGCUGAAAAGGAACAGUUUCUCUUAAAAGUUAAAGAGAUAGCAAAUAAAGUAUCUGAGAGCUUUUUCCACUUUGCUUGCAUUGAAGCAGAUGCAUUGUCAGAUUCACAUAAAUCCCUUGCCACUUUAACCUACAACUUGCUUGAAGGCAGAAAAUGUGGAAGCUUGUUAGUCGAACUUAUUUCUGCUCGUUCCAUUAUUGAUGUUCAUCUUUGGUCUCAAACCUCUGGAUACAACCUUGAGUUAGAGCCAGGACCUGAAGAUGAACAGUAUUGCCAUGAUUUGCUGGCCUGUAAUCAGAUAUCACUGGAAACACUAGCCUGUGUUUGGAACCACUGGAGUUCAAUUAUAGUCAAAGUGAUAGCUCAUCUUCAUCACUUUGAGGAUCCAAAAUCAAAUGAUUCUGCAGCUAUGUGUGAAGAUCUUUGUGCUAAAUAUUUUGGGUUGAGAAAAGAUGGUGACAGCCGAUAUGCGGUAGUUAACAUGGAUUCAAGUUGGCUUACUAGCACAGGUAGGAGUUAUUUGGAGCAAGAUGGCAACAGAUGUUGGAUGGAUGUCGUCCAAUGUAGGUCGUGUGCUGAGAAUUUUUUAGUAAAUGAGCUCUUUUCAGUUGGCUUUAGUGUACUCCAAAAGUUGCAGUGUUUUGUUGAUAAUUCUGUGGAGCUAACAUUAUCUCCUCAUGCCCAUUGGAGGACUAUCACUAUCGUAACUGCAAUUGCAAGGUUUCUACAAAACUCAGAGCUCAGUGUGCCAAAAUAUCCAAAAAAGUUAAGAAACCUCUUCACUCACUGUGAACGCUGCUUCUUUGAAUUACUGUUCCUAGCCUGGAGGGAUGAAACGACAAAGAGCUUUAUGUAUAUAUUUGACUCACCUACUGCAUAUGGUUUGAUUGUGGAUUCCCUAGGUUUGUAUCUUAGGUCAGGAAAUCAGAAGCUGACUCAUGGGCAUCUUGGGAGAAUAACAAUGUAUAUGCUGUACACAGCACGAUCGGAUGACAUGCUGACUUCAAGACUUGUACAAUACCUGGAUAGAGAUUCAGAAUGGGGAGAUUUUUUUCAAUCUUUGAAGAGAUUUCUUGACUGUGGUGAUGGAAGAUACACAUUCAUCAUGAACUUUAAACGAGCUCUUGAAUUUACAUUUAACGCAAAUUGGAGGUUUGAAAGAGACUAUGUAUCUCCUGUAUGCUUUGUGAAUCUCAUGGAGUGCCUUGGUUUUUUAGCAUCAUCAUAUCUUAUACUGAAUGGUUGUGUUUUCUGCACAAAAUCUCUAUUGAUUAAUAUGUUGAAGUGCCGUACAAGCAAGGAAUACCUUGGUACAUGCCUGGGUUCUGGACCAGUUAGCCAGGAUUUGGAUGUGGGCCAUGUGGCAUACUCAUCAGGGAAGUUCAUAUUCCACUCAAUUAGGAAUCUCUUGACAAACAAGUUUGCUAUUCAAGAUUGGGUUCGGAGAACAAACAUUGCAUAUGUCCCCAUCCUUUUGCGACUAGUGAUCUUGCUUUAUCUAGUGACUUUGACUAUUAAUAAAGUGGGGAACUGCAAUGAAGUCACAGAUUUCCUUCAGAGGUGCAGAAUUUUUGAGGAUUUACCUCUGGAAUUCUCCAAGAAGAUUGUAUAUAGCUUGAAAUUGAGGUCUCGAAAAGUGGGCAACUUCAUACAGAUAUUUGCUGAUGCACUUGCAGCAACUGGAAAUCACAUGGUGGUUCUUGGUUCACCGAAAGGCCAGCUAAUCAGUCGAAAUUUGAAUGCUUAUAUAAUUACAAGUUCGGAUUUGACUGAUGUUGAAAAAGUAACGGCAUUUCUUUGUCAAGAGCGGGGAUCUACCACGCAAGAUGAAAUAACAACCUGCAAGGUUACCUUUGGGAAUUUCACUAUCGCAGGAGUACGAGACAAUAAGGUAGAGAAUAAAAUUGAAAUGCAUUUAAGUGAUGAGAACAUUUCCUUUUGGGAGAAGUUUGAGUCGUUUCAAGUCUUCAUGCAUGUCCAGAAGGAUGCAAGGAUUAUUAUCAUAUUCCUUAAAAGUGUUCUUUCCUGGCUGGAGCAAAGAGGUCCUCUAGAAAAUAUAGAUACUCAAUUGUUUGAAGAGGUCAAGCACAUCUGCAAUCAAUUCGAAGAGCAGUCUAUCUGGAAGAAGAGAGAUAGUCUGACUGUUGAGGACCUCUACUCAAUGUGGAAUGACGGUGAGAAAAAAUUGCAAAAAAUCAUCAGUUUUCUGCGUUCUGAGAAAGCUUCCCGGAAAGAAUCUGAAAGUAGGAAGGAAGUAGCACCUGCUGUCCAGUUCCACACGGAGGGGGAUGAUGAAUGGAAUGCAUGCUCAGAUGAUGAACCUGACACAGGAGGAAGAGAGAUGGUGGAACCUGCUGUCCAGUUCCACACGGAGGGGGGUGAUGAAUGGAGUGCAUGCUCAGAUGAUGAACCUGACACAGGAGGAAGAGAGAUGGUGGAACCGACCAAGGAAGAAGCAACUGUGACCUGCUCGACUUCGAAAAAGAAGGCUCAAAAGAAGAAGAAGAAAUCAAAGAAGUCUAAACGCGGGAAGAAGUGAGCUGGUGUAGUCUAUAACCUUAGAGCAUGGUUUCUAUAAAGCUUUGGCACCAAUCCCUUCUCUCUGAAAUAGCAACACCAUGGCUGCUUGCCUUGCUCGGAUGUACAGAAGAAUUAUGUCGUUGCUUAAUUGCUUAUGACUUUUCACUAGCUCACGAUUAUUUAUUUGUUCUAGUUUUGUGUGGUGUAUAGUUAGUCUUCUGUUUACUGUUCUGAUGCUGAUGGUUAUGCCUUCUGCUUCUGUUUUA